GGGGCCCGGCGCUCCCCGCCCGGUGCCGGUGCCGGUCCGGUUCCGGCUCCGGGCCCGGGCUCAGCCCGGCUCGGCCCGGCCCGCCGCAGGGAGGAUGGGGCAGCCGCGGCGGCCGGCGAUCGGCUGCGGCCCGGCGGCGCCAUGACCGGCGAGAAGAAGAAGAAGAAGCGGCUCAACCGCAGCGUCCUGCUGGCCAAGAAGAUCGUGAUCCGGGACGGGGCCGGCCGACAGGGGAUUGGGGACCCCAGCGUGUACCACGCUGUGGUGGUGAUUUUCCUGGAGUUCUUUGCCUGGGGGCUGCUGACCACACCGAUGCUGACGGUGUUACACCAGACGUUUCCUCAGCACACGUUCCUGAUGAAUGGCCUGAUUCAUGGAGUCAAGGGUCUGCUCUCCUUCCUAAGUGCUCCGCUGAUUGGUGCUCUCUCUGAUGUCUGGGGCAGGAAAUCCUUCCUCCUCCUCACCGUCUUCUUCACGUGUGCACCAAUUCCCCUGAUGAAGAUCAGCCCGUGGUGGUACUUUGCUGUCAUUUCCAUGUCUGGAGUGUUUGCUGUCACCUUUUCCGUGAUUUUUGCCUACGUUGCCGAUAUCACACAGGAGCAUGAGCGCAGCACGGCGUAUGGCUUGGUGUCAGCCACGUUUGCUGCCAGUCUGGUCACCAGCCCGGCCAUCGGCGCGUACCUUUCCCAAGCCUACGGUGAUACUUUGGUGGUUGUGCUGGCCUCGGGUGUUGCUUUGCUGGAUAUUGGCUUCAUCCUGCUGGCCGUGCCGGAGUCACUGCCAGAAGAGAUGCGCCCGGUCUCCUGGGGAGCCCCAAUUUCUUGGGAACAAGCCGACCCAUUUGCUUCCCUGCGGAAGGUGGGUCAGGACUCCACAGUGCUGCUCAUCUGUAUCACCGUCUUUCUCUCCUACCUUCCCGAAGCUGGCCAGUACUCCAGCUUCUUCCUGUACCUGCGCCAGGUCAUUGGCUUUUCCUCAGAGACUGUAGCAGCCUUUAUCGGUGUAGUUGGAAUUCUCUCUAUACUGGCUCAGACAGUUGUCUUGGGAAUUCUCAUGCGUUCCAUAGGAAAUAAAAACACCAUCCUCCUGGGACUAGGCUUCCAGAUCCUGCAGCUUGCCUGGUAUGGCUUUGGAUCACAGCCUUGGAUGAUGUGGGCAGCAGGAGCUGUGGCUGCCAUGUCCAGCAUCACCUUCCCAGCCAUCAGUGCCAUGGUGUCGAGGAACGCGGACCCCGACCAGCAGGGUGUGGUGCAGGGGAUGAUCACUGGAAUUCGGGGUCUGUGUAAUGGCCUGGGGCCGGCGCUCUAUGGCUUUGUCUUCUAUCUCUUCCACGUGGAGUUGAAUGAAAUGGCUGAGGUGGAAACUUUGGGCAAGGCCUCCAAACCCAACAUGGCCAACCCUACGGAUGAGAGCAGCAUCAUCCCCGGGCCACCCUUCCUGUUCGGGGCGUGCUCUGUGCUGCUGUCGCUGCUGGUGGCCCUGUUCAUCCCGGAACACAACCUGGUGCUGAGGUCGGGCGGCCACAAGAAGCACAGCCCGGGGGCCCAGGCCCACCCCCACAGCCCCCCGGCCGGGGGGUCGGAUGGCAAGGAGCCCCUCCUGGAGGACAGCAGCGUGUGAGGUGGGACAGCAGGACCUGCCUCGCGGCUCAACUCCACUCCAGGAUGGACUCGGCAGGAGUUCGGGGAGGGGGAGAGAGAGCCGAGGUAACAGACUGUGCCGCUGACAGCUGCUGAGGAGGGACGGGCUUUCCCUUCGAGCCAAAUACACACAGCUGGUGCAAAAAUGGAGUUGUAUCACCUGGUGUUGAUGGAAAGGGGAGAUGCGGAACUGCCCCAUGUGGAAGGAUAGUUCUGGAAAGCAAACCUGCCCUUGCGCGUGAGCCCCGUGCUGUGCCCUCCAAACCCUCCGCUCGCCAGUCACGCAGGACGGAGCCGGCGUGGUCCGUGUUUGGUGGGAGCUCACUGGGCUGCCUCCCAGAAUAAAACAUGGCACCUGCUCUGUGCCCC